AUGGUGGAGGUCGAGAAGGCGCCGAUGGCGAUGCCGGUGGAUGCGAGCGAGCGUGAGGAGGGGGAAAUCGUGGCGUCCCCCAAAUCCAUCGUCAAGGAGAAGCAUCCGCUGGAGCACUCGUGGACGUUUUGGUUCGAUAACCCUAGCGGUAAGAACAAGCAGCAGCAGUGGGGAAGCUCAUUGCGGCCGGUCUACACCGUGAGCACUGUCGAGGAUUUCUGGUGUGGGGCGGACUUUCACUGCUUCAAGGAGGGAAUCAAGCCCGAGUGGGAAGAUCCGAGGUGUGCGAAUGGGGGGAAAUGGACUGCUGCUCCACCGCGAGGUAGCAAGCAAGCGCUGGAUCAGUUCUGGCUAAACACUGUGGGUAUAAGAGAGAUUUCUCUCGUUUUUCAUCGUGGCUUUUCUGCUUACAUUCUUGUUCUUCCAGCUGCUCGCUUUGAUCGGUGA